AUGACUUCUAUUACUUCGGAGGUAGUCUCCGAGAGAAACUCACUUAGUCCUUUUGAUGUUGACGAUAGUUCUAUUCAUUCAAAAGAUGAACGAAAAAGAGGAAUCGCAAUUGUAAUUGCGGGGUUUGUAUGUAACUUUAUGAUAUUUGGUAUUGCAUUUACUUAUGGGGUAUUUCAAGAAUAUUAUACUUCUAAUGAAGGUCCAUUAUCUUCACAAUCUGCUUCUAAAGUUGCCUUAAUCGGUACCACAGGAACAGCUUUAACAUAUGCCUUUGGGGUGUUCAAUAAAACCUUAACCUAUUAUUUCACGGCCACUCAAGUUAUGCUAUUUGGAUCAAUUCUUAUGUCACUAGGUUUAAUUCUAACUGGAUUUGCAAAUGAAUAUUAUCAAUUUCUUUUAACUCAAGGGAUAAUGUUUGGUAUUGGAUCAAGUUGUUUAUAUUUACCGCCUGUAGUUUGUGCACCUGCUUAUUUUAACAAAAAUAGAGGAAUUGCCAUGGGAAUUGUUUUCAGUGGUACUGGGUUUGGAGGUCUUGCAAUGGCAUCUUUUACUAGAUAUCUUAUUUCAGAAUUAGGUUGGAGAUGGUGUGUACGUAUUUUAGGAUUUAUAAAUUUGGCCACCACUAGUGUCGUUAGCUUUAUGGUUAAAGAACCUCAAAGUUUUACUAAAUUUACUCAUUCAAGAGGUUUAUUUCAACUUAAUCAAAUUGGUUCAUUUAAAGUUUGGCUUCAACUCGGAGCAUCUUUAUUGCAAUCUGCUGGGUAUUUGAUUCCAUUGAUUUAUAUGUCCAAAUACAGUCAAUCACUUGGGUUUCUGUAUAGUGAAGGAGCGUUAUUUAUUGGGAUAAAUAAUGCCGUAAAUGCUUGCUUUAAAGUCAUUAUAGGAUAUGCAGCUGAUAGAUUCGGGCGUUUAAAUAUGAUUACGGUUUGUAGUUUAUUCAGUGCAGCAACUAUAUUCGGGUUAUGGAUGAUAAAUACAAAAGAUACAUUUCUUGCAUUCAUUGUAUUAUAUGGAGUGUUUUCUGGAGCUAUCAUAUCAUUAUUACCUACAUGCUUAGUUGAAUUGUUUGGCUUACAGAAUUAUCAAGCAUUAAGUGGAUUAAUGUAUUUUGUACGAGGAAUCGGAAGUAUACUUGGAUCUCCAAUAGCAGGUUUAUUUAUCACAGGUGGUGGAAUUAAUGCUACUGAUUACAAAGGUCUGAUUAUAUAUAAUGGAUCACUUUUAGUGGGGAGUACUAUUUGUCUUAUCGCUUUAAGAUUUGUUGUGUUAUAUUCGAAUCAGUCGAAAAAGUGGAGAAUUUAG